UACUUGAUCAUUUCAUCCGCCAAUAUGACCAACAUCAAUGAGUGCAAUACCUAUUUUGGACCUGACUCUUUGAAAAAGUACUUCGACCCUGACUCCCAGCCUCCCUUACCUCUUGUGGAGCUACCACCUCAUCUGAACCCCUACUAUGAAGAUGGGGUGCGGAUAUAUGCCAAGAUGAUGACAAUGCAUCCAGCAAAUAAUGUCAAAGCAAUGCCCGCAAUGAACAUGCUUGAAACUAGUGUUGUACCUGGCGAGACAGAACGAAUCGUUGAGUAUAGUUCUGGAUCAACGGUCAUCUCAAUGUCGAUGGUUGCCCGUGUCAUGCACGGAGUGAAUGAUACUCGGGCAUUCUUGAGCAACAAAACAAGUGAUGCAAAAUUGAAACUGAUGCAGUUUUUUGGCUUGGAUAUCACACUAUUUGGCGGUCCAUCUCAACCAGAGCCAAUUGACGAGAGAGGUGGUAUUCAAAAUGCCCGGAGACAGGCCACGGAGUCUGACAAGAUUGUCAACCCGAACCAGUAUGAGAACAGUAAAAACUGGCAGUCGCAUAUCCGGUGGACCGGUCCUCAGAUUUUUAAGCAGCUACCUGAGAUUAAUGUUCUAUGUGGUGGCAUGGGUACUUCAGGUACUAUGACCGGACUGGGUACAUAUUUCAAAGGAGUCAAGCCGUCGGUUUACAGACUUGGGGUCUGCACAGCCCCUGGAGAUCGGGUACCUGGUCCCAGGUCAUACGCCCUGAUGCGCCCUGUCGAGUUUCCCUGGAAAGAAGCUGUGGAUAUCAUUGAAGAAGUUGGUUCCCUGGAGUCAUACACUUUGUCCCUGAAUCUUUGCCGAGAGGGACUGGUCUGUGGCCCAUCAUCCGGUUUUAAUCUACAGGGACUGUUUCAGACCCUGGAGAAGCGCAAAGCCGAGGGAACCCUUUCUGAGCUUUCAGGUCCGGAUGGCAAAACCCACUGCGUCUUCCUCUGCUGCGACUUGCCAUAUCAGUAUAUCGGCGAGUACUUUGAAAAGCUUGGCGAUGAACAGUUCCACCCAAUCCGAAAUGAGCGCUUGACAAAGGUCGAUCUGCACCGUUACGAUGAGAGUUGGGAGCGUGACGCACUGGAGGUCCUACCGCAAUUCUAUGGAUCACCACGAACCCUCGCCCAAUGCGAGCUGAGCGAGAUAGCAUUGAAGACCCAGAAUCGCGUUCUAGACCUAAGAAAGCCUCUUGACUUCUACGCGUGGCACCUUCCCGGUUCGAUGAAUCUUCCAUUGUUCAGCGUGAAGCCUCACGACCCAUCGCCGUUUUCAGAUCCGGGGGUGCUGGAGGCGCAAUGGGUGGAGCUGGAGAAGGUUUUCACAGAUGAAGUCUUGGUUUCAGACCUGAGAAGGCAUCAUGUUCUCGUGGUUUGCUACGAUGGAGACUCGGCACGCGUGGCUACCAGCGUGCUUCGGGCGAAAGGUAUCGAAGCGGACAGCGUGCAUGGAGGCCACCGUGCGCUGAAGAUGUACGGCAUCGGGAGUGAGGGUCCGAUCCCUGUCAAGAUGCCGCCUGAGACUACUAUUUCCGUCACAUCAGUGCCCCUUGAGCAGACAACGCAAUCGGAAUGUAGGGUUGGAUCUGCCAUGUGA